AUGGACACCAGCAGCAGCAACAACGGGUCUGGGAGGACAGUAGAUGAGGCUGGAGAGGUUUACGAGCGUUUUGCGCACAUCCGAGCUGGAGUUUUGGGAUUGAUUUUUGUUUUUGCAGCAUGUGGUAAUCUUUUCUUCUUAGCCAUACUUUGGAAGAAGAGAAAAAGAAACUCAAGGACCCAUCUGUUCCUUUUCCACUUGUGCUUGGCAGAUCUGGUGGUCGCUUUUUUCCAAGUCUUACCACAGUUUUCCAUUGAAAUUACGCACAGGUUCCGAGGGACAGAUUUCCUGUGCCGGUGCGUAAAAUACCUACAGGUGGUUGGGAUGUUUGCCUCCGCGUACAUGAUCGUGGCCAUGACCAUAGACCGGUACCAUGCGGUUUGCAUGCCAAUGGUUUCCUUCUUGAAGGGCUCCUUUAGGAGGUAUCUCUCCAUUGGCGCGGCGUGGCUGAUCUCUCUCGCCUUCAGCUCCCCGCAGCUCUUCAUCUUCUCUCUCCAAGAGGUGGCGGAGAACCAGUACGACUGCUGGGCGACAUUUGUUGAGCCGUGGGGGAGCAGGAUCUACAUCAGCUGGAUCACCCUGUCAGUGUUCGCCCUGCCUGCCGUCAUUUUGUUGUAUUGCCAAAUGAAGAUAUGCACAACGAUAUACUUCAACAUGAAGAGGAAGGCGCUGCAGUCAGGGCGCACGGGCACGAAGGGGGUGUCCAACGCGAUGCUGAAGACUGUGAAGAUGACUUUUGUGAUCAUCAUGGCAUACACAGUGUGUUGGAGCCCCUUCUUUGUUGUACAGCUGUGGUCUGCAUGGAGUCCCAGCAGUGCUCCUACUAAAGGUCCAGUGUUUGCCAUCAUCAUGCUGCUGGCCAGUCUCAACAGCUGUACCAACCCUUGGAUAUAUCUCUACUACAGCUAA